UUUAUGCUUCCAAUCCCAAAACCCUUGCUUUCUUCAGUUUUCUUUUCUCUUUUGUGCCAAUCACCAAAGCAGUCAUUUUCCGAGACAAUUUAAGGAGAUGGGCGACAAGAAGAAAAAGACUUUUAUGUUUAUCCGUCUUGUCUCGGCUGCUGGGACUGGAUUCUUCUACGUGAAGAGGAAAAGUGCUAAGAAAGUGGCUGAGAAACUCGAGUUCCGCAAGUAUGAUCCCCGGGUAAAUCGCCAUGUUCUUUUUACAGAGCAAAAAAUGAAAUAAGGAACCUGUUAUUUUGCUUGCAGCUAUUCCGUUCUCAACUUAUUGACUUUUUAGAUUGAUGUAGCCGUACUGUUUUUGGUAGAAGAUACCAAAUUAUGCGAACUGGAAUGAAAGAUGAUCGUGUUUUGUCAAAUUUGUUUAAGCCUCCAAAGCUUGCAUUAUCAUGUAUUAAAUGCAUCAUUUAAAGAGACGGUCAAUGAGCAAAACAUAUAUUUUAGGUUAAAUUAUGAGGAUAA